AGAGAGAGAGAGAGAGAGAGAGAGAGAGAGAGAGAGAGAGAGCGGCUGCACCGCAUUGACAGGAAACACGGAGUCAGAGCUCCGGUAACGCCGACAGCACGGAGGAGGAAGCGGAUAGUUUCGUGACGCCGCUGCGAAGUUGACGGUGCCCGGUGCAGCAGAGGGGAGAGGAGCGGCGGACCAGCGCAGGUUUGAUGGGGAUGGAGAUACAACACAGUCACCCAGCGCUGCUGUACACCUGGACACAAGAGCGCCACUGACAGAGGUCCGUUGAGUGGUCUGGACAGAGUGGGUGGAUAGCGUGGACAACGUCCUCUGCGUGGCUGUAAGGAGAACCAUCUAGCCAAUCAGGAGAGGUGAGGGGCGAGGCCGGCCAAUCGGUUGGGGAGAGAUGUUGGGGCAGGGCGGCCAUGUGGCCCUGGUUCACCUGUCAUUAUUGCUGCUACUGUGGCGCGAAGCAGCACCUAUUGAAGUCCCACAAGACCCAAAGAUCCUGCAAGACCUAAAGCAGCCCCCCACUAUAGUCAAACAGUCAGUGAAGGACUACAUUGUCGACCCCAGAGAUAACAUCAUCAUCGAGUGUGAGGCCAAGGGCAACCCAGUGCCAACGUUCUCAUGGCGAAGGAACGGGAAGUUUUUCAACAUCGGGAAAGAUCCCAGGGUGACGAUGCGAAAACGCUCGGGAACUCUGGAGAUCGGUUUCCGUAGCGGUGGACGACCAGAGGACUAUGAGGGAGAGUACCAGUGUUUCGCCAGCAAUGACCUCGGAGUGGCUCUGUCUAACAAAAUCCUGCUCCGGGUCUCCAAGGCUCCUUUGUGGCCUAAAGAGGUGCUGGAGCCAGUGGGUGUGCCUGAAGGCACCCCGCUGGUUCUACCCUGCAACCCCCCACCGGGCCUGCCUCCUCCGUUCACCUUCUGGAUGAACAGCGCCAUGACUCCCAUCCCUCAGGAUGCAAGAGUGUCCAUGGGUCUGAACGGAGACCUGUACUUCUCCAACGUUUUGGCCAGAGACGCUCACACUGACUACAGCUGCAGCGCUCGCUUCCUUUUCACACACACCAUCCAGCAAAAGAACCCCUUCACACUCAAAGUUCUGACCACGGAGCCGUAUAAUGAUACAUCUUACAAUGCCACUGACCCCUAUGGUGGCCGUAAAGUAGCUGAGUCCACGCCGACCUUCCUCUCCCCUUCAGGGAGUGAGAGCUCCAAAAUGGUGCUACGAGAUGAGCCUCUGCUGCUGGAGUGUAUCGCUGCUGGACUUCCGACGCCCACCAUCAAGUGGUUUAAGAAGGGCGGGGACCUGCCGUGGCCAAAAGUGAAGUAUGAGAACUACAAUAAGACCCUGAAGGUUAUCAACAUGUCAGAGGAGGAUGCUGGGGAGUAUGUAUGCAUGGCCAACAAUCAUUUAGGCAGCAUACGCCACUCCAUCUUUGUUCAGGUCAAAGCGGCUCCUUAUUGGCUAGACAAACCUACAAACCUGGUGCUAGCCCCCGAUGAGAAUGGGCGCCUGGUGUGUCGGGCCAACGGCAACCCUAAACCUAACAUCCAGUGGCUGAUCAACGGAGAGCCUAUAGACAGCUCUCCACAGAACCCGAGCAGACAGGUGCUAGGUGACACCAUCAUUUUUCGCUCGGUGCAGAUGGGAAGCAGCGCUGUGUACCAGUGCAACGCCUCCAAUCAGCACGGCUAUCUGCUGGCCAAUGCCUUUGUCAGCGUCCUCGACAUGCCUCCAAGGAUGCUGGGCCCUAAAAACCAGCUGAUUAAAGUCAUCGAGAACAACCGCACCUUUCUGGAAUGUCCUUUCUUUGGUUCCCCCCUCCCGGAUUUACGUUGGUUUAAGAACGGACAGGGCAGUGGGCUGGAUGGCGGUCAUUACCGUGUUUACAUCAACGGCACCCUAGAGAUCAAACGGGCCCGAGCAGAGGACGAGGGCACCUACACCUGUGUGGCCAACAGCAUCCUGGGCUCGGCCGAGAACCAGGUCCGCCUGGAGGUCAAAGAGCCGACUCGCAUAGUCCGAGCCCCGGAGCACCAGUCAGUCAUCAGGGGCUCCAAGGCUCACUUUGACUGUAAGGUGAAGUCUGAUCCCAGUCUGCCCAUCACUGUGGCCUGGACCAAGGACGACAAGCCCCUCUACCUGGGAUGGAGACUGAAGAAAGACGAGGAGUCGCUAACCAUCCCCAAUGUGAAUGAGGGCGAUGAGGGAACGUACACCUGCACUGUUAAAUCGGAGAUAGACCAGGACUCAGCCUCAGCCCGCCUCACUGUGUUAGAUGAAGCCUCCCUCCACCCCUCAGUGUCUAGUGCCUUGCCUCCAGACCGUCCAGACCCUCCCAUUGAUCUGGAUCUGUCAGAAGCUGCAGCCCGCAGCGUUCGCCUCACCUGGAUCCCCGGAAAUGAUCACAGGAGCCCAAUCACGCAAUACCUGGUCCAGUUCGAGGAGGAUCGCUAUGAGCCUGGCAGGUGGCAGGACCUGUCCACUUACCUCGGAGACCUCAACUCUGUCAUCCUGCAGCUCGCCCCCUUCGUCAACUACCAGUUCAGGGUCAUCGCCAUCAACUCAGUGGGCCCGGGUCAGCCCAGCCGCCCCUCACCCCGGUACAAGACCAGCGGAGCGGCCCCAGAUGCCAUUCCCAGAGGUCUACGAGGAUGGGGAUCCAAGAAAGACAAUAUGGAGAUCACCUGGGAGCCUCUGCUUGAUCUGGAGAGAAAUGGCCCAAACCUGCACUACAACGUGUGGUGGAGACGGAAGGAUUUGGGAGAGGAGUGGAGUAAUGUGACCACGGUGGGGUCCAAACAUGUUGUCCACAACACAGAAACCUAUGUGCCUUAUGAGAUUAAGAUCCAGGCCAGGAAUGAGUUUGGACAAGGACCUGAGUCUAAUGUGGUCAUUGGAUACUCUGGAGAGGACAAGCCCACCGACGCUCCCUCUGACCUGCGGGUGUCAAAGGUUGACAGCACCAAGGCAUAUAUACACUGGAAGCCCGUGGACCUGAGCUCUGUCUCUGGAGAGUUCAAGGAGUACAGAUUGUACUACUGGCGCGAGUCCAGUCUGGUUCCGACUCUGGUAGUCAGUAAGGAGAAGAAGACCAAGGGUUUCUACAGCAUCAUGGCCGAGCCGUCUGGCAUCCUGGGCGACCUGGUGCCCUACUCUAAAUACAAGAUGUUCAUGGUUGUGGCCAACAACCUCUAUGAGGGCCCCCGCAGCAACACAGUGGAAAUCAGCACCAAGGAGGGAGUGCCAGAUGCUCCGAAGUUCUUCCGGAUUAACCGGAGAAGUUUUGACACAAUCCACCUAGAAUGGGACAAACCUCUGGAGCCCAACGGCAUUCUGAUUGGAUACCAGCUUAAGUACCAAACAGUCAAUGGCUCCAGGGUGGGUCAUCCCAAGUUGGAGACUUUCUCUCCUAAUGUGACAGAGUUCACCCUGCGCCUGCCGGACCGAUCUACCCGCUACAAGUUCUAUCUGUCAGCGCUCACCCAGGUGGGAGCAGGGGAGGUCUUUGCUGAGGAGUCCCCACACUUCGCCAAUGAAGAAAACUUUACUGACUCUACAGGUCUAGUCGAGCUUACAGACGCCUCCCUGGCUUCAGCUUUCUCUCCUACUCCUCUUGCUCCUCUUCCUCCUACUACCAUCGCUCCUACAACCAUUAGUACCUCAACUUCUACGACUUCUACUACUACUACUGCUACUCCUUCUACCACCACCACUACAACUGAGGCAACCACUAUCGGCACACCUCCUCAGCUGGUCACCAUCAGGCAAAGUGAUCAGAAUGAUUUGGGGGCCAGUGGGCGGGAGAUCUGGAAUCUGACGGUGGAGCCUAACAGUAACUACGCUAACGUCAGCUGGAGACACAACUUCCAGGCCGGCAGCAGCGAGUUUGUGCUAGAGCUCACACUGGACAGUAAGACACCAGACCAAGGAGGCAACAAGACGGUGAAACAUGUACCGCGGGUGAAACCCCCCAUUACAUUGGUGGAUCUGAUCGCAGGUGCCGUGUACCAUCUGAGGGUUUAUUCCGAUGAUUACAACAGCGUCAGCAGCAAAUCUGUCACCUUUAAGACCAAACCAGCCUACAUAGACCAGGUGGAUAUCGCCACUCAAGGCUGGUUCAUUGGCUUGAUGUGUGCCAUCGCCCUCAUCAUACUGAUCCUCCUCAUUGUCUGCUUCAUCAAGAGGAGUCGUGGGGGCAAAUACCCAGGUGCUGGUUGCUUGACUGGUUUCACAAAAUAUCUAGUCCGUGACAAAAAAGAUCUCCCCUUGGACCCAGUAGAUCAGAAAGAGGAUGGAUCCUUUGAUUACCACAGCGAUGAGGACAACAAGCCCCUCCAGGGCAGCCAGACGUCGCUGGACGGCAACGUGAAGGAGAGCGACGACAGCCUGGUGGACUACGGCGAAGGCGGCGACGGCCAGUUCAAUGAGGACGGCUCUUUCAUCGGCCAGUACACGGUGAAGAAGGACAAGGACGAAACGGAGGGCAAUGAGAGCUCUGAGGCCACGUCUCCUGUCAACGCCAUCUACUCGCUGGCGUAGCGCCGCAGCAGCACACGGGGGAUGCAGCGGCACCCUGGGAUCUGAGGGUGUUACGAUAAAAACCACAACACCAUACACCAGACACAAACACACACAGGCAUAUAUUAAUAUAUGAAACACAUUUAACACAGAGGGAAGGCAGCAGGGCCUGUCUAGAGACUGUGUAGGCUUUCCUCUGCAGAAAAAGUAACAGGGGAACACGGGAGUGGAAUUAGACCACACAUCUUUAUUUUAGUUUCCAGCUUUGAGAAAUUGGCCCAUUGGAGGUGAAGUUUGGACAAAGCGGACAGUGCUUGUUUUCCUCUGCGCUCUGCCUGCCCUAACACAGACAUGAAGUGUGCCUUCGGGGCAGCUUUCAGCACUUGGAAGCAUCAACAAGCAUUCUUUAGAGAGUUUUUCUUUGGUUUGUUUCUGCUCCGAACAUUUUCAGUGUCACUGCUCUCCUUCCUGAUACGCCCCUCAUACCUCUGUGUAGCAUCCCAGUAAAGUACACCCAAAGGUCCCUGACACACACACACACUGGCCCCGUCCUGUAACAUAUCAGCUUCUAAUCAUCAAACUCAACAGGAUGCCGGCAGAUAUGUUUAUCAUAUUGAUAUUUACGCAAUGAAAGAUUUUAGUUUUUCCACAGCUGGUAGACGAGUCAUUGAAUCUUAAUGAGUGCUGUAUACAGUCCUGGCACACAUUUUAGUGCCCUGCAAAACUAUGCACUGUCACCUCCUCCAUAGCAUUUUAGGUUUAAUCUGGUUAGUAAAAGUACACAUUUUGGGUUUCUUUUAUACCACUUGCAGGCUAAAUCACAUGCUUUUAUUCACUUUGCCUUGUACGAUGUGAUAGACAUGUUUUUCUUACCUCUAAUCCAAUGUUGUAGUGCAGAUGUUCAAAAUGGCCGCCACAAGAAAGGCUCUUUCUGCCACAGGCACCAAGCUCUGCUACAGUAUGUUGUUAAUGAAUCCCAUGUUGUUGUUUUUUAUUUUGGAGCAUGAUAGUAACUUAGUGCAAGAGAAAUGGAAGGCAACAGAGAGGAAUGCUAGUUUUGCUUGAGAAACACAAGUAGACCACAGCCCGAAAACUCCCUAGUUAGCAUGCAGGCUAAUGCUGCAUUCAUGUCAAAUGGGAACAGUUAAAUACUGACAGUUGUACUUUAGAGUAUUAUUUGUCAAACCUUUGAAAGUAUGUUUUAUACCAAAACAGACUUUGUGACGUCAAUCCAACAUGGUGAUCACAUAAUGACUUAUUAUGUAUUUUCUCAAUUGUGACACCAAAAUUAUGGAAGUUUGGGGUCCCAACCACAAAGUUCCUAGUUAGUUUUUAGCUCCUGUAACUGAGAUGUGUCUUAAAGCUAAGUCUUGAAGCUAACGUCUAUGUUCUUUCCCAUGGGGCAUGUAUGCAGCACGAGAGGCUGGGAUCCCAAGGGUGUGUUCAAACUACAUGCCUUGCGUUUUUCCCAAAAUAUUCACCACUGGAUUUUUAUUUUAUUUUAUUUUUUUAGUCAGUGUUUAUUGGCCUUAUACAGCCAAUAUACAGGCGCUAUCUGUCAGCUAGUAACACGCCCACCAACCUCUAGUUCUUUCUGUUACUUCCCUCCAGACUCUCUCUCUUUUCUGGUCUCUGUAUAUUGAUGAAUGGGAGUCAUAACGCCUCUGAAUAGGCGAAAGGUUUUGCUCAAGUUGAAACAUUUUUUACUCCCAUGGACACAAUUCAUUCAUCCUCUCACGUCUGUGCAUUGACUUUAUAUGCAAACACACCGUUCAGUCUGAACCCACCUUUGCAGGGGAUCUGCACCUCUUUCCCUCCCUCUAGUUUUUAUAAAUUCAAUUCAUUUGUUAAACAUUACAGAUGAAAAAAAAGACAGCGUUAGGGACGCUUUGGAUACUUGAAUUAAAUGAAAAAAGAUUUGCAGCAUGAAAAUAUAUACAUUCAAUUCACAGCCACCUUUGAAAUGAAACGUAUCAGCUUAUUUUUUUUGCAGAGGAA